AUGAACAGAUUGAUUGUUGGAAUCCGGUCUGGCCGGCACGUGAUGCCCAGAGCCACUUCACGGACGAAUAUGGAAUUCCUUUGGAGAAAUAGACUCUAUGCGACGGUCAAGACGGACAACAUCGAUUGGGACCCAAUGAAGACCUCAAAACAGUUGAUCAAAGGAAGGGAGUUGGAGUCGAAAACCAGCAGACGAAUAUUUUUCGGUCUGCUGUGCUUGACCCCCGUCGUGACGUUUUUGCUCGGUUGCUGGCAGUACCAACGUCUAAAGUGGAAGAACAAGCUGGUUGCCGAUUGCGAAGACAGACUCACGUACAAGCCGCUUCCGUUGCCAAAGUCGGUCACUCCAGACCAGGUGGGCGAUUUAGAGUACCGCAGAGUGCUGCUCACGGGUAAAUUUGACUACAGCCGUGAGGUGUUUGUGGGUCCGAGACUGGAGAACGGCCAGAAAGGAUAUUUAUUGAUUUGUCCCCUGAUUCAGUCAAACGGCGCCGGUGAAGUGCUGGUCAACCGUGGUUGGAUCAGAGAGGACAGGGUGAUUCCAGAGAGCAGACGGCUGCAACAUCUUUCGUGUCCGCAAGGUGAAAUCACCAUCGAGUGUCUGCUGAGAGUGCCUCCGUCCAAAGGCAGAUUCCACAUGGAGCACGAACAGGGCUCGAAACUCUACACGUACCUCGACUUGGAAGCGAUGGCGGAAGAAUUGCACACGCGGCCGCUAUAUGCCGUUGCCAUCCAGAACUUCAAAGACCAUCCGGAAUGGCUACCAGAGGAAGAGCAUAAGAGCAAUCCGUGGUGGAAGUUUUGGGCCAAAUCGCCACCUUCAAAAGAGGUCCCCGCUCAGGAUCCAGAUGCAGAGUUCAGCCCUUUGCAAUUCAUGAGCGCCGGCGUGCCUCUGGGAAAAGCACCAACCGUGGACUACACGAACAAUCAUAUGCAGUAUAUGGUCACGUGGUGGGGUCUAUGCUUCAUUUCAGCCAUUCUGCUACGCGUGGUGAUCAAGAACAGCAAAGUGAUCAACCCAAAGAUGGAAAAGAUGGAGAAGCUCAAGCACGCCAACAAGUACCUGGGCUAG